AUGCAGAUCAUUGGGAACAUUGCCCAGCUUUGUAUCUUCGUUCCAGCUACCCUAAGUUUGACUUUAAAUGAACUUUUUCCUUUUGGAAAUGAGGCAGGAGACAGAGAAUUAAAAGGAAUUGAUGAUGGAAGUAGUCCGAAACUUGUUUUAUCAACUCCUUUUCCGUAUUUCAAUCAACGAAAUCCAUCAUUGUUUGUAAACGUAAAUGGAAUUAUCUCAUUUCAAAAAGCCAUACAAGGAUAUACGACCACACCCUUUCCCAUUGGUGACGGUGUUGGAACUAUAGCUCCGUUCUGGGCAGAUAUUGAUACGACAUACACAGGGACCAUUUGGUACAGGGAGCUCAUUAACCCUACGUUACUAGAAAGGGUCAGCGAAGAAGUUCGUGGUUCUUUCUCUCAGUUCUACAGAUUCAGAGCUUCGUGGAUAUUCAUUGUGACCUGGGAACGUGUCCCUUUUUUUGGAUGCUACUCUUCACCUUGUUCGAAGACAAACACUUUCCAAUCGAUUCUGAUAUCAGAUGGACAACAUUCAUUCGUUAUUUUCAAUUACGAACAAAUUCAAUGGGGAGGAACUGAAGAACAGGUUGGAUUUAACUCUGGAGAUGGUGUAACUUAUUACAUGCUUAAUGAUAUUGUGAAUGUGGACAAAAUGUCAAACGUUGGUAUACCAGGGAAAUUUGUCUUUAGAGUAGACUCCUCCAUUAUUACCACGGGGAAAUGCAACACCGAAGGAAAUCUGACGAUUUCUCCAGGACAUGGCCCAAUGUUAGGGGGACAGUAUUUAGUCCUAAGUGGUACAUGUAUUGAAGACUCUGCAAACAUAACGGCUACUUUCCAGGGAUCCAGAAAAUACAGAUGUGAAAGAAAAUCAAAAUUCAGCAUGGUUUGCAUUACUCCUGUCUUCAAUUGCACGGGUGAAAUCGUCAUAAGGAUAGAAAUUGAGAACCAAGGUGUGACAAAUUUCUUUCAUGGUCUCUACACAGUCGUUAACCCUGCAAACAGCAAACAAAGAGUCUUCAGAGAAAACUAUCCUGAAUGGUUCAUUGGACAGCAGUCAAUAUCUUGGGACCCAUAUGUUGUAGAACUUGAGCAGAACGACACUGUGGAUAUUUAUCUCUUUUCUUUAGUAGUGGACAACAAUCGUCAUUUGACGUGGAAAAGUCAGAUUCUUCAGAGGGGUAUCCAGCGUUCCUUGGGAUCAGCAACAGUGCUUUUACAAACAAGUGAUUCUGCUUUAGCGAUAAGAGUAACAUCUGCUGCUCAAAGUUAUGAUCAACCUGAUAGAGGAAUUUGGUCUGACAUAUUCCCUUUAGCCCUACCCCCAGAUCAAGCUCAAAAACUCUGUAAUGUAUGGCUUAAGAAUGAGACACAAUUACCUCAACUGCCGACCAAUGAUGUUCAACCCUGUCCGUGUACUCUGGGCCAAGCUCUACUGGAUAUAGUCCGAUUCCAGCCAGAUCCAGAUUGUAACAUGUUGACGCGGCCGUCUGUGUUCUCGCGUACUGGUAAUUGUGUGAACAGGAAAGAAGCAAAACACUGUGUCCGAUUUCUGAAUUUGGGACCUGACGGAAUAGACAAUUUGUGUUGUUACGAUGUCACAAAUAAUCUGAUGGUCUCAAGAGAGAAGGAAGGAGGAAGUCUCCAGCGAUAUCAUUACGUCGGUGGACAAAACACGCAACCGUACAUUACACAUUUCUACUUCGACGUCUUACCAUUCCUUCACUGUUGCCGAUAUUCUCCAAACGUGUACAAAGAUAACAAAUGCAAUGAUUCCAAUAUGUGUUCGAGUUACUUCAAGCAUAGGCAACGCAGUUCAUGUUUUAACUACGUUCCUCCUCAACCAGCCCAAAUUAAGGGAGACCCCCAUAUUACUACAUUUGAUGGAUUUAAAUAUACAUUUAAUGGUGUAGGAGAAUUUAUGCUUUCGAAAACUGUAGACGGAUCCUUUCAAAGUCAGGUGCGGUUUGAACAGUUUCGGGAAGAGAACGGUAAUUUGAUAAGUGCAAGUAGAUGCACUGCCUUGGCAGCACAAGAUUUAUACAGCUCAGUUGUUGUGGAGGUCCUUUUAAACUCGAUCAGAAUUGCAGAUGUUUUAGUUAAUGGGAAUAGAAUUGAUUUUAAUGAGACCAAUCAUCGUCAAGUGGAAGGUGUUACAGUUUUGCAGUUUACAACUAAUUCAAUAAGCGUUAAUGGAACCAACAAGGAAUUUAUUAUAGCUUUUACCUCAUUCGGUAUCUCCUUCAAAGCCAUAGCAAGUUCCAAUAUGCUGAAUAUUCUUCCUGUGAUAGGAAAUAGUUCACUGUUCGGAAACCUACGAGGUCUUCUUGGAGAUUAUGAUAAAGACUCAAGCAAUGAUUUAAAACCACCGACAUUGGAGAUUUUACAUUCAAACUCAACAUCGGAACAGAUAUAUGAUGGAUUCGGGAAUAAAUGGAGAAUAGCUGAAAAUGAAUCACUGUUCACGUAUGGACCUUGGAAGACCUACAAUGAUUAUCAAAAAUUAUCUUUUCGUCCGACAUUUGAUUUACCUGCAAAUAUUUCGGCCGAAGUAAAAGAACUGUGUACCGGAGACAAGGAAUGUGAAUUCGAUUAUGUCGUGACAAGAUCUGCUGAAUUUGGUGCUGAAACAUGGAGGUUCUCCGUCCUUUAUAAUUCCUCAAUUCAGGCAUCUUACGAGAUAAGAACAUGUGACAGUUUACCAGUGAUCAGUGGAGGUUUUUGGAAUUCUUCCCAAACAAUACAGGUGGAAGGGUCUAUUGCUAUCUUUUCUUGCAUUCCUGGGUAUGAGCCACAAGGAGAUAAUUAUAGCACCACUUGUAGGAAUGGCUCUUGGAGUGCAUUUGGUCACUUUUCGUGUCGUAAGUAA